CCGCCGUUAAACCCCACAGAAGAAGUCUGCAGGUUUAGCCACAGUAAAGAGGUGUCUCGCUUUCGGGCUAAAAGUUUCUCUAACGUUAGUUAUAAAGCUAGCUAGAACAACUUGUCAACAUGUUUCGAAGAAAACUGACAGCUUUGGAUUACCAUAACCCCUCUGGGUUUGACUGUAAAGAUGAGACAGAGUUCAGGAAUUUCAUUGUGUGGCUGGAGGACCAGAAAAUCAGGCACUACAAAAUUGAAGAACGGGGCAACCUGAGGAAUAUCCCCAGCUCGGGAUGGCCCAAGUCCUUUGAGCAGUAUCUUCAAGAUGUGAAUUGCCCAUUCACUGUCGAAGAGAGACAGGAGUCAGUGGACUGGUUGCUGGGUCUAGCCGUUCGGUUGGAAUAUGGCGACAAUGGCUCCCCAGUUGAGAAGUACAAGAAUUGCCCGCUAGCCACAGCCACCGAGGCGGCGAAACCCUCGGAUCCCCUCAUCCAUCUGGACAGCAGCAACCCAGACUUUAAGGCUGGUGUCUUAGGCCUGGCUAGCCUGCUGAAGAUCCAGCGUCACGACGACUACCUGGUCAUGCUGAAGGCUAUAAGGAUCCUUAUCCAAGAGAGGCUGACUCCAGAAGCCAUAGCCAAGGCCAGCCAGUCUAAAGAGGGUCUCCCUGUGGCCUUGGACAAGCACAUCCUCGGCUUUGAUACCGGAGACGCCACCCUGAACGAAGCGGCUCAGAUCCUACGUCUGCUCCACAUCGAGGAGCUACGUGACCUGCAGACCCGGAUCAAUGAGGCCAUCGUAGCCGUCCAGGCCAUAAUUGCAGACCCGAAGACAGACCACCGCCUGGGCAAGGUCGGAAGAUGACCUGUCUUGCCUGACCCCUUGACCUCUGCCUUUAACCCCCAACAUACAGUCUGUGAAAAAGAAGUACCACACAAACUAUACAUGGAUAUUGGUCCAAGACCUUGUCCUUAUUUUAUUUUAGUCCAACAACUAGGACUAAGCCUUUGAGUUUUCAUUUUUUUUUUUUUUUUUUAAGGAUUUGGGACAGUUGGAAUGAAAUGGACUAGUUUUUUUUGUUUUUGAGAAAGAAAUGCAUUUUCGUCGCAUGAGUGUUGGAAUGAGAAUGUAUGAAAUACAUUGGGGGGGAAGAAACUUUGGUUUGUGUUCAUAAGAAAUUGGAAGUGCUAUCAGAUUCUGUGCUGAAAUUACCCUUGGAGAUGGAAUCAGCGAUAAAAGUCAGGAAUUACAUCUUAGGAAAGAUAAAGGAUAAAAAAACUGGAAGAACAAAUAUUUGGCGACAAUGUGGUGAAAUACAAAAUGAUUAGUGCACCGAAUACCCAAAUACUGCAUUGCUGUGUGUUCAUUCAAUACACAUGGAUAGAUAUAACUGGACUUGUGGCUCAAAGAUCUAGUUUUAUUUUUUAUAGAAAGCCAAAGUAUGAAAAUGAGGUAAACAAAUUUACAAAACUUUAUUUGCGGGGGAGGGAAGUCACAGUUGACGUUUGGAAAUUUACUUUGGUGGUGCAUUUUGUUUCAAUGCUUCAUAUAGGAAUGAAUGGUACCACGUGAUCAAUGGCUUUGUCCAAUCAUAUAAUGCAAGACUGAGCUCAGUCGGCCACUAGGUUUCUAUGGCUUUGAUGUUGCGGCGAAGACCGGUCACAUUUCGUCACCUGGGCCUUUAGUACAGUGAUUUGGCAGCAGUUGCCUUCUACUUGAGGAACUUGCUAGUUGGCAGGUUCUAUGCUAAGGCUCUUUGUACAGCCUCAGUCAUUUGGCGUCUUUUUGUUUGUUGAAGGUGUCCGCUCUGAUACGUAACAUCAAAAUGAAGUAUGUCCCCCAGUACAGUGCAUUCAGAAAGUAUUCCUACCCCUUGACUUUUUCUACAUUGUAUUAUGUUACAACCUUGUUCUAAAAUGGAUUAAGUAAUGUUUUCCCCCUCAUAAAUCUAAACACCCCAUAAUGACAAAGCAAAAACUGUUUUUUUAGAAAUGUUUGCACAAAACUGGAAUAUUACAUUUACAUCAGUAUUCAGACCUUUUACUCAGUACUUUUUUGAAGCACCUUUGGCAGUGGUUACAGCCUUGGGUAUGACGCUACAAGCUUGGCACACCUGUAUUUGGGGAGUCUCCCAUUCUCUGCAGAUCCUCUCAAGCUCUGUCAGGUUGGAUGGAGAGCAUUGCUGCACAGCUAUGUUCCGGUCUCUCCAGAGAUGUUCCAUCGGGUUCAAGUCCGUGCUCUGGCUGUGCCACUCAAGGACAUUCAGAGAGACUUAUCCCGAAGCCACUCCUGCGUUGUCCUGUUGGAAUGUGAACCUUCGCCCACACAAUCCUGUCUCGGAUAUCUACAGACAAUUCCUUUGACCUCAUGGCUUGGUUUUUGCUCUGACAUGCACUGUCAACUGUGGGACCUUUUAUAGACAGGUGUGUGCCUUUCCAAAUCAUGUCCAAUCAAUUGAAUUUACCACAGGUGGACUCCAAUCAUGUUGUAGAAACAUCACAAGGGUGAUCAAUGGAAACAUGAUGCACCUGAGCUCAAUUUCUAGUCUCAUAGCAAAGGAUCUGAAUACUUAUGUAAAUAAGGUAUUCAUGUUUUUUUUCAAAUGUUUCUAAACCUGUUUUCCCUUUGUCAUUGAGGUAUUGUCUGUAGAUUGAGAAUUUUUUAAAUCAAUUUUAGAAUAAGGGGAAGGGGUCUGAAUACUUUCCGAAUGCACUGUAUUGAGGUUCCCUGCUUUCGCACAAGCUAAAUCUGCAAAAGAAAAUUGUGUUUCAGGCUACAUGAACUGCUUUUAUCCUACAUGACCCGCAAAAGGCAUAAGUGUUGUGGAAAUUCAGUACUGAGAGAGACUUGGUCUUGGUAAUUUCUUCAAACAAUCUUUAUUUAAUAUCAAUUAAUUAUUACAAUAAUGAGACCGUUAGGCUGAGAGUCUAGCCUUUUAUAGAAGAUGCAGUUUUUAUAUAGCUGAUAGCAAGAUUGCGUAGUCAGUCACUUCUAACCUUCCCAUAAGCCACCUUGGUUAUCUACACAGGAUGGUCUGUUACUUAGUUUCCCAGAUGCCAGGAAGAUGAGACGAUGCGGCAUUGUUCUUAACUCUUCCAGGCUCUCUCUAUCUCGAGUCACACACACACACACCACAUCUAUAAAAUGCUAGCUUUUAGGUUUUUAUCACCAACACAUCAAUUGUCAGCUUCAAGCUAUCUCUAGUAGAACCCAUGUCCUCAACAGCAGGUGCUAGAGUGGAGACCAUAAACCACAGCAUUAGCAGGACAGAAAUAUCUUAAUGUUCGUUAAGUAAAUAAUUGUCACAUAGCCAACAAAUAAGAUGAAUACGGGGCGGCAGGGUAGCCUAGUGGUUAGAGAGUUGGACUAGCAACCGUAAAGGUUGCAAGUUCGAAUCCCCGAGCUGACAAGGUACAAAUCUGUCGUUCUGCCCCUGAACAGGCAGUUAACCCACUGUUCAUAGGCCGUCAUUGAAAAUAAGAAUUUGUUCUUUAACUGACUUGCCUAGUAAAAUAAAGGUAAAAUAAAUCAAAUAAAAAAGGUGAAUACAUCAUUUCUCUCUCACAUAAGCCAUACAGUCCAAUUCAAGUUGGAGAGUUCAUCUGAUUUAUUUCCACCAAAACCACUGGCGACAGUGGAUGCUAUUGCUAUCCCUCCCACGUGAAGGUUAAGGGUAAUAUUGACGGCAUUCCAGAUUGGCUUUUUCAGCAGGCACGCUGAACAGACGUCUAAGGAGGUGUCUUGUUACCACUUCAUAUAGCAAACUUCAAAGAGACAUCAGAAACUGUAACGUUCUUUGCUUUACGGAAACAUGGCUCACUCGAGACACACUAUCGGAGUCGGUACAGCCAGCUGGUUUCUUCACGCAUCGCGCCGACAGAAACAAGCAUCUUUCUGGGAAGAAGGGGGGUUAUGCCUUAUGAUUAACGAGACGUGGUGUGAUCAUAACAACAUACAGGAACUCAAGUCCUUCUGUUCACCUGACUUAGAAUUCCUCACAAUCAAAUGUCGACCGCAUUAUCUACCAAGAGAAUUCUCUUCGAUUAUAUUCCCCGCCAAGCAGACACAUCGAUGGUCCUGAACGAACUUUAUUUGACAAUGUAAACUGAAAACCACAUAUCCUGAGGCUGCAUUCAUUGUAGCUUGGGAUUUUAACAAGGCUAAUCUGAAAACAAGACUCCCUAAAUUCUAUCAGCAUAUCGAUUGUGCAACCAGGACCGGUAAAACCCUGGAUCAUUGUUAUUCUAACUUCUGCGACACAUAUAAGGCCCUCCCCCGCCCUCCUUUCGGAAAAGCUGACCACAUCAAUUUUCCAUUAUUAAAGUGGCUGGAGUUGAGUCAGUAUGUUGGCAGCAGCCACUCAAUGUUAGUGGUGGCUGUUUAACAGUCUGAUGGCCUUGAGAUUGAAAAACUGCUUCGGUCUCUCGGUCCCUGCUUUGAUGUACCUGUACUGACCUCACCUUCUGGAUGAUAGCGAUUAUAGCCACUUUAAACAAUGCCACUUAAUAUAAUGUUUACAUACCCUACAUUACUCUUCUCAUAUGUAUAUACUGUACUCAAUACCAUCUACUGCAUCUUGCCUUUGCCGUUUCUGUACCAUCACUCAGUCAUAUCAUUAUGUACAUAUUCUUUAUCCCUUUACACUUGUAUGUGACAAAUAAUUUUGAUUUGUGUGUAUAAGGUAGUUGUUGAAUUGUUAGGUUAGAUUACUCGUUGGUUAUUACAGAAUUGUCGGAACUAGAAGCUCAAGCAUUUCACUACACUCGCAUUAACAUCUGCUAACCAUGUGUAUGUUACAAAUAAAAUUUGAUUUGAGAUGCGCCGCACGGCUGCAAAAAAAGACAACCUGGAACGUCACCAAACACAAGUCAAGAGUUGUUUGUUUGUGCGCAUGCAAAAUUAUGUUUCUGUAGAGUGAGGCAGCUUGAUGUACAAGUUCACCCCUUGGACAGGACGCUAGAAAGAUUACAGUAUUACCUUAUAGACAGUGGGUGGUUGCUAUGGUGAUGCCGUACAGGUGAGACCUUGGGUCAGGUAGGUACUCUUCUGUGAACUAGCUGCUGUCCCGACUCAGCAAUGACCCUGUCCCUAUGAACACCACAGAGAAAAAAACAAAUCAACUCAACUACCAUCACACUGAACAUUAAAAAAAACACUAUAACAUCAUUCACAGGGUUUGCACUUUUGGGACUAUUAUGUCAGUUCCGUUGCACCCAGCAACCUCAAAUGCAGCUUAAGUAUUUGACAGAAAACAAAUUCUAUUUGAAACCAGAUCUGUCCCUGUCUUACCUCCUCCAGUCUGUGAAGUAGAAGUGGUUGGCAUAAAACACCAUACUGAAGGGGUUGUUCAAGUUGCUGUGGAUCACCCUUCUUCCCAUCCCAUAGGAUGCAAUGCACUCCAAACGCUUGGUCCCUGAGAGUGAGAAAGAGAGUGUGUAUGUGAGAGAGAGGUUAUAGGUUUCAUUUGGUUGAUAACAGUAUAGGUUCCUAUCUUAGUAUGUAGAGUAGUAUCCAGGCUGUAUGCAUCUGAACUGUGUACCACCUCUUUGACUGCUCCAGAACAACUUGGCCCCAUCCCCACUUCUUACGGUACUGAAAAGUGACAGUGGCAAAUUUUUUGAAUAGCUUACCAUACAUUUAAUAGCAUACCAUUUUAGUAUCAUAAAAUAGUCAUGAUUACAGUAUAGGUAUAGCUCAACUUUAUAAUGAGAAUAGAAGAACCUAAAAACGGUAGGAUACAUAGAGAGACUUGUAUAUCACAGAGACAUAGCAACUGUUUAGCAUUUUUCCCUUAAGAUGAAAGUGAGGAUUUGGGGAGAGUAAGCUGGUUGUAGUUAUAGGCCUUCAGACCCCUUAAGUGUGGUUCUUUACACACCAAGCUCCUAGAGGAGGCAGGGGAUUCAUACCUGUGUCCGCCCAGCACACUUGUCUCGUGGCUGUGUCAAAGCAGACAGGGCAAUCAUGGUGGUGUUGACGGUGGCUCAGUUGGUUCGUAAAUGCUGUAACUAGUAGGAAUCGAACCCGGGUCUCCCGCUCUCCAACCCAACGUUUUAACCAAGUCCAAGAAGACCAAAUCUCAAAGGGAGACAUUUUGGGUUUUUAACUCUAAUCAAUUUGUAUUUGUUAUAUGCUUUGUAAACAACAAGUGAAAUGCUUACUUAUGGGCCCUUCCCAACAACUCUCCGGCAGGGAGUGCAACCGAAUCACGAGCAUGCUUCCAAAUCCCCUUCUCUACACACCAAGGUUGUAGGUUCAAUUCCCUCAUAAAUCAAAUUCAAAUCAAAUUUAUUUAUAUAGCCCUUCGUACAUCAGCUGAUAUCUCAAAGUGCUGUACAGAAACGCAGCCUAAAACCCCAAACAGCAAGAAAUGCAGGUGUAAAAGCACGGUGGCUAGGAAAAACUCCCUAGAAAGGCCAAAACCUAGGAAGAAACCUAGAGAGGAACCAGGCUAUGUGGGGUGGCCAGUCCUCUUCUGGCUGUGCCGGGUGGAGAUUAUAACAGAACAUGGCCAAGAUGUUCAAAUGUUCAUAAAUGACCAGCAUGGUCGAAUAAUAGUAAGGCAGAACAGUUGAAACUGGAGCAGCAGCAUGGCCAGGUGGACUGGGGACAGCAAGGAGUCAUCAUGUCAGGUAGUCCUGGGACAUACAGUUCAUAUCCGUGUUAAAAGUUUCUACUUUCUACCUAAAUGACCAUAUAAAAAUUUGAGCCAUGAGAAAAACCUGUCCAACGCUUAAAUGUAUUGUCAUUGUCAAUACCUACAUAGGGCUGUAUUCAAUCUGCAUUGCGGAAGCUCAGCAUACAGCGUAAUUGAAAUGUAAAGACAAUGUUCACGGUAAGAAUGCAUUCACGGUAAACGCAACAGCAUUGUAUUUUUGUGUAAGCCCGAGAGGUGUGAAGAAAUCCUGCACAAAUUUACACACACAAAGUACCCCCUGGGUCUCUUGCGAUGCUACUUGCCACAUUAUCAGAUCAAAUCAAAUGUAUUUAUAUAGCCCUUCGUACAUCAGCUGAUAUCUCAAAGUGCUGUACAGAAACCCAGCCUAAAACCCCAAACAGCAAGCAAGCACGUUGGCUAGGAAAAUCUCCCUAGAAAGGCCAAAACCUAGGAAGAAACCUAGAGAGGAACCAGGCUAUGAGGGGUGGCCAGUCCUCUUCUGGCUGUGCCGGGUGGAGAUUAUAACAGAACAUGGCCAAGAUGUUCAAAUGUUCAUAAAUGACCAGCAUGGUCAAAUAAUAGGUCUGGGACAGGUAGCACAGAUUUUUUUAUACAUUGUAAGGCUGCAUGAUGCGACUAAUGAUGAUUUGAAAAAAGUUGCUUGAAAGGCAUGAGCUCUGCUUUGUUUUUUUUGAGCAGGCUGACUUUAUAAGUCCCUCAUUCACAAUUUGACAAUCACUUGAUAAUGACUCAAAUUCUCCGGCGGUAUCCCCUUUGUGUGGCCGUAAUGCACCCCAAAGAAAUCCAUGCCUUUUCAAACAAAUCAAAUUGUCACAUGCGCCGAAUUCAACCUUACAGUUAAAUGCUUACUUACUACAAGCCCUUAAUUAACCAACAAUGCAGGUAAACAAAAUGUGUUAAAGUAUUUAAAGUAUUGUGUUAAAGUAUUUACUAAAAUAAACUGAAGUAAAAAAUGCAGCAGGGUAAAAAUUGAGGGGGGGGGGUCUAGACUUGGCGCUCCGGUACCGCUUGCCGUGCGGUAGCAGAGAGAACAGUUCAUGACUAGGGUGGCUGGAGUCUUUGCAAUUUUUAGGGCUUUCCUCUGACACCGCCUGGUAUAGAGGUCCUGGAUGGCAGGAAGAAUGGCCCCAGUGAUGUACUGGGCCGUACGCACUACCCUCUGUAGUGCCUUGCGGUCGGUAGGCCGUGCAGUUGCUAUACCAGGCAGUGAUGCAACCCGUCAGGAUGCUCUUGAUGGUGCAGCUGUAAAACCUUUUGAGGAUUUGAGGACCCAUGCCAAAUCUUUUCAGUCUCCUGAGGGGGAAUAGGUUUUGUUGUGCCCUCUUCACAACUGUCUUGGUGUGCGAGACUGAGUGAGGGCCAGAGUAAUGGGUAUAAUCCCUUUCCAAUGGGUGGAGGUCCCUCCAGAUAUCAAUUAGUCCCAAUUCUAUCAAUGAGGUGUUAAAUAAAAUGCACCUUACAAAGUUGAUUAUCUUAGUACUGUCGUGUCCAGAUUAUGAUUUAACACAACGUUCAGAUCACCCGCACAAUCCCCUCUGCUUCUGAUGCAAUGGUUUCAACUGAAUGUGUAAAAAAUAACUUGUCACUCUCUGGAGGGGCAUGAACAUUAACGAAUGUUAUCUCUUUAUGUUCUAUUUUCCAAUUUACCACCGUAAAUCUCCCCUCUUUGUCAUUAAUUUCCUUAAUACUUUCAAAAUGAACUGAGUUUGGAAUAAAGAUUGCCACCCCCCUCUUGUAUUUCUGUUUAAAAGAGCUGUAGAAUGUGUUUUUAAAACCAAACUUGAGUAUAUUACUCGCUAAUGUUCAGUCCCUGGAUAACAAGGUUGAUGAGAUCAGGGCAAGGGUUUCUUUCCGGAGAGACUGCCAGAGUCGCAGCCCCUCAGUCCAGAGGCGCCCUUCAGUCCGGGGCUCUCUACGAGGGCCUUCUAAGUGGGCCGAGAAUAUUUUUUCCACUGCUCCAGAGUCCAAUGGCAGUGAGCUUUACACCACUCCACCCAACGCUUGGUGAUCUUAGGCUUGUGUUCGGCUGCUCGGCCAUGGAACCCCAUUUCAUGAAGCUCCAGACGAACAGUUAUUGUGCUGACGUUUCCAGACCGAGGCAGUUUGGAACUCGGUAAUGAGUGUUGCAACCGAGGAAAGACGAUUUUUAAGCACUACGCGCAUCAGCACUCGACUGUCCCAUUCUGUGAGCUUGUGUGGCAUACCACUUUGCGGCUGAGUCGUUGUUGCUCCUAGAAGUUUCCAUUUCACAAUAACAGCACCUACAGUUGACCAGAGGAGCUCUACUGCCCUGCUGGGUAGACAUUUUAUGAACUGACUUGUUGGAACUCUUCAGUAAGGCCAUUCUACUACCAGUAUUUGUCUAUGGAGAUUGCAUGGCUGUGUGCUCUAUUUUAUACACCUGUCAGCAAUGGGUGUGGCUGAAAUAGCCGAAUCCACAAAUUUGAAGGGGUGUCUACAUACUUUUUUUAUGGUGUUUUGGCUAGUUGGGCAUCACCACACACUUUUGUGAGGUUUUAUCGUUUGGAUGUCACUGCUCCCAGUCUAGCCCACAGCGUGCUUAUGGUUGGGUAGGGGAAAGUCACUAGGCAGUGUGCAAUACCCAGACUGUCACAUCUGGCACGGUCAGGUCUGGGUGGUCUGCCAUGGGCCGUUUCAUUUAGUAUCUGUUGGGGUCGUCUUGGGGCGUGAUUAUAUUUCCCUAUUGUAUGUUGUACCGAAGUUGACUGACUCAAAGGGAAAGUGACUAUAACUACUGUUUCCUGAAGGAGGGAAAUGAGGUACAACACCUGUUUGGCCCCGCACCGAUUGUUCCUGUGCUCAGUGAAGAGCGGUGAAUCCGGAAUGAAUCUGAGCCUCGCGCUUAUCACCUGUGGGAGAUGGGGCUUCCAGCAAGGUACAGAUUUCAUUGGCCUUGUCAGGCGUGAUUGUAGAUCCUUCAACCGAAGUCACGGAAGUGUGACUCCACAUAGUAAUGUUGUACCUUGUUUCCCUCCUUCAGGGAACAGUAGUUAUAGUCAUAACGUUACGUUUUACACAGGCACGUUUUAUACAACCCUUAUUCCUAUUUUGGCCCUUGUGUAGAGCUCAGUUCCCCUGAUCACAUUCUAUGGGACCUUUUGAAAAAGAUCACAAGUUUUUCAGAAGCGCAGUUUUCUAUAACACCAGGCCUUUUCAGUUAAAGCCAGUAACCUGUUAUGUUCAUAACGGCAAAGCGUUUUGAAAUGAAAAACAAAAAGCAGCAUGACCAGGGUCGUGUUCAGUAGGGCAAACCAUAGUGAAACCUUUUGAAUCUGAAAACAAAAAUUUGUGUUUCUUAUUGGACAAGUCCAGGUCCGUCCCUAUUUCUGUCAGUUUUCUUUGGUUUGGGGCAUAACGACGUUUCCAAUGUACAAAAAUGAACAUCUUCCAGUGUUGCCACAAAACAUAUUGAAUGAACACGCGGUUACUGUAGGUGCCUUUUUGUCUGUUACAAUAAACAUCCUGUUUGUUGAUAAGAAUCGAAAAAUAAAAAUGUUCUUGUCUUACCCAGACCAUUUUAAUUGAAUAAGGCCAUUUGUAUUAAUAUGGGUUUUAUAUUUCCAUUAAAAUGCUUUCCAUGGAGUUUCUGCAAAUCCAAAUAAAAUAGCGACUUGUGAUUUAUAUGA